AGUUUCUACAGGCAAUAAUCUCCUCUCUGUUAACGCAGGGUAAAUGUUAAAAACAAAUUCUGAUGCUUCCACAUGCACCAAAUAUAGGAAUAUCCGAAACUUUUGGGUCAGCAACUGUGGGUAAUGCAAAAUUUUCAAGUGAUAACGGUGGAACAAUUUCUUUAGAUUUUCUGGCCACACAUUCUGAGAUACCGAGAAGAUUGGCAGUAGUUAAUUCAAGUCAGAGGAAAAUAUGGAGCCCCAAAAAUCCAAAGACCACCCAAAAGAUUCUUGCAAAGACCAAAACUGAUGAGACCUUAGACAGCAAGCUUAUUAAAAGGAAUUCAAGAUGGAUAGCGCAUAAAAGUUUACAGGGACCAUUGCCUAGUAUAGACAACCUAAACCAGAGUUUGGCUUUGAACUCCCAGCUAAACGAUCCGACCCUUGGGACUCUCUGUCAGUUUUUUAAAAUAGACAAUCAAGUUUUCUCAAUUAUAAAUGCCGGUACCGACGAUACUAUUCUAGCAUUUGGAAGGAUUGAUCCAAAGUGGAUUGGCUGGAAUCUAAUGAAACCAAAAAUACGACACUCAAGUUUGCAGGAAGAUACUGAACAAAUUCGAUUUAGUGACAUGGAUAAGAGGCUUGUCGAUGACGGAGAGGAAGGAAUUUUCAUCAGUAAUUCUAGAUCAAAAGGACUCAAGUCACCCAAAUUUAUUUGGGUCAGAUCUCUGACGCUCAAAUCUCGGAUAUUAGGGAUUGAAAGCUACAGCGUUGAAGCUCAAAAUCACCCAUGUACACUACUCUUAGUCAGAACAUCUGAUAGUAUCUAUAUUUUGAAAUGCACUAUUUCCAACACAUCGUUGGCGUUGACAAAGGUGUUUGAGUUCAAACAAGGCCCAAAAUGGGCCUCAUUUGCGCAUUCAAGUAUGCUUGUUUUGACAGCUUCACUUAUGUUGUGUAUUGUGGACUGCAUGGGAAAAUUCAUUGUCUUCAAAUCGAACAGUUUGGAGACCAUCAAUUUUGUUCAAGUCGAACUAAUGUAUGGGUCAUUUUAUGACCCUGUCGAGCUUUCAAACUUUAAGAAAUCAAUGUGGAUUGAUUCAAAAAGAUUGAUUUUGUUUUCUAGGACACAGCUAUUCGAGUAUACUUUUGUUGAACUUCCAGAUGGUAAUGGGUACAAGGAGAAGUUUUUUUGCCGAGUUUGCGCAGGAAUUUGGUCCAAAAUUUUAGACAUAAAGCAAAGUCACAGAAAUGACUGCCUUUUGUACAUGUUAACUACAAAAGAAAUCAUAGUCAUCGACACUUCUAAAGGUUUUUCAAGAAAAAUAUCCUGGAAACAUUAUUUUAGUGAUUUGGACACUUCGAUGUAUAUUAGCCUUUUGAAGAGACCCAAAAAUUCAUCAGCUGAGAUGUGUAUUAUUUCUUCCAAAUCUUCAGUCUUGAACUUUGUCAUCGAGUUCAAUACUGUUGAGUUCAAAAUUGUUGAUAACCCUUACCUGAUUCUUACAAACUUAAAAGAGCCCUCGAUUUCUUCUAGUUUCUAUCAAUUCGAUACACAUAGCUGCUUGCAUCUUGUACUUCAGAAAUUCAAGAAUGGUGAAGCCUCAUUCAAUCUUUUGAACUAUACAAGCUUUUACGAUGAUCAGCAAAAGUAUGGACUGCAACCGCAAAGAGAAAAAAGUUUGACUAAUUUUGAGGUACUCAUGAAGCAUGGUUCACGUCUUCCGAUGGAACAGCAUGCAUCAGCAGCACUAUACAAUAAGCUAUCGAAUUACUAUAAAUUCAACGAAAAAGAAUCAUCACUAUCUACCGAAGUUACAAAAGAAAUUUAUCAAGUAUUGAAACGUUUUCUUGACGAGGAAAGCAUUUCUCACCGAUCACUAUUUCAGUUGAUGGACCAUAUACACAUACCAAGAAAUGUUAAAAACAUUUUCAAAAUUGUUAAACAUCUGACUAGUAAUUGUGACGAGAUAGAUUUUAGUUUCAGUUUCAAUCAAUCCGCUUGGUUAACUGAUAGGCUGUCAUCUGUGGACUUUCCAGAAAAAAAUAUUGAAAAGAAAGGAAAUGAAGUCAUUAAUUUCUUCCAAUCUUUGACUAGCAAAAAGUAUAAAAAUCUCACUUCAGAUUUAACGCUAUACUUACUUUUGGGUCUAAUUGAACUGAAAAAAAAUGGGGGAACCUUAAACCAAGCGGAUAUAAACAACCGGUUGAAAGAAUCAACAUCUGAGCUACCCGACGAUUAUAAAGGUAUGUUAGACUCUUUUGAUGAUGAUGCUAAUGUGGCGGGAAUCAUGGAUCUAGGUGAUGAGGAAGUUUCUUAUUCUAAUAGAGAUCCCAUCGCCAGAAAUCUGCCCCAUGUGCCAGCAAUAUCUACUUCUCAAGCUCCUCAAAUUUCAGUUUCACAAUCCAGGGUACAUGAGAAGCCAAAUAGUAGCCAGAAAAUGGGUGCAAAAAAAAACCCCCCGAAUUCAACUUCAGGCACUGUUCCAACCUCGGUCUCAAACUCACAGCAAUACUCCCAAAUGAGCCAGAAAUCUUCACAAGUUUCAAGUGGUGGAUUCAGUCAAUCCCAAUCAAAGGGAAAUAAACGUAAAAGAAGAAGAACAGGUUUCUGAUUGUAUCUGGGCUUCUGUGUAUAACAUUAAGAUAUUCAACUUUGUACAAUAAUAGCAUUAACAGAGCAUUUUUGCAUAUUGAGUUUACGUAAUCCUG